AUGUCGGACGCGACGCCUUCCGUGGCUCGCAUGCGCGCCAUCCUGCGCCAGAUCUCGGCUGGUGGGCAACCUGCCAGUGUCUCCCUUCCUUCUACUCCCUCCCCUCCAUUGGCACUGAGCCCCGCUACACGCUGGAACGGCUGGGGCUUCCACGACACGAAGCUCUUCGUCAACUCGAACAAAGUGAUCGAAAUCUCCGGCGCUCGCUAUGCCGAAGUGUUCGCUAAUGCGCCAGACCGCACACUGCCUUCAUUGUUGCCCUGGGCCGAGAAGCGGCUAGGACUGGACGCUGAUCGCCGCAGUGCGCCUAGUAUCACGUGUGCCGAGGAGUUGAGGCUUAGGAACCAGCUGGACGAAGGUGGAGAGACGUACAGAGCUCUCAUGCAGUUCCUACACUUGGCAAGCGAAGAGCUCGGCAUAAACACCAGCAUGACAGUUGAAGAGCGCGUGCGUCACGGCCACGGACAGACCUGUGAAGACGUGUUCAGACUGCGCCACGUGCGGGACGUCGAGAGAGUCCCUGAUGCUGUGGUGUGGCCCACGAGUCAUGAACAAGUGGAGAUUCUAGUGAACGAAGUGACGCAAAAAUACGCAGAUAAAGAGGAACCAACGUCACCAACGCGCUAG